CCCCCACGGAGGCGGCUCCUCCUGGCCCUCCUACUCUCUCGCACACUCCGUUUCCUUUCCUUCCCCCGAAAGCUCGUAUUUUUAGCCAUCUCUCGACCCAGCGGAGCUCUCUCUCUCGCUCGCUCUCCCUCUCUCGCCAUGGCCAAGAACACAUGCAAGCUCUGCUGCCGCCGCUUCGCCAGCCCCCGCGCCCUCGCCGGCCACAUGCGCUCCCACUCCAUCAAGGUCGCCCGGUCGCAGCAGAUCUCAUCGGCCUCCUCCGCCUCCACCUCCCUCGCGGCCGGGGACGGCGACGACGCCAGGAUGGCCAUCCAGGCCCACGUGCUCCGCGGCAAGCCCAAGCGGAGGGCGCGCCUCGCCGAGUCCGACUUCUCGGAUCGCGAGAGCGAGGCGGAGUACCCGUCGCAGUCGCCGGGCGCCAAGCGCGUGCAUGGCGGAUCGCGCGACGCCGAGCCGGUGAGCUCCGUGUCCGACGCCGCCACGCCGGAGGAGGACGUCGCGCUGUCCCUCAUGAUGCUCUCCCGCGACUCCUGGCCCGCGGUGGCGGCGUGGACGCCGUCCUCCUACCGCGUCGCCGACUCCGACGACGGAAGCGACGGCGGCGGAGAGGCCGCGCCCGCGCCACCGGCUGCGGCCGAGCAGAAGCGGACGCGGUUCCAGUGCCCGGCGUGCAAGAAGGUGUUCCGAUCGUACCAGGCGCUGGGCGGGCACCGCGCCAGCCACGUCCGCGGCGGCAGGGGCGGCUGCUGCGCGCCCCCGCUGAACCCGCCGCCGCCGCCGCCUCCCGCUUCCACCCACCUGCAGCCAUUGCCGGAAUGCGAGGAGGGCACGAAGCCUCAUCCGCACGAGUGCCCCUGCUGCUCCCGCGUGUUCGCGUCAGGGCAGGCCCUCGGCGGCCACAAGCGGUCCCAGCUCUGCCCAGGCGCCGCCGCCGUGGCCGAUCAUCCCGCCGCCGCGAUGAAAAGCCUGGGCCUCAUUGAUCUGAACCUCCCGGCGCCCUUCGAGGACCUGGAGGUCUCCGCCGUGUCAGAUCCCUUCCUCGCGGCAAGGCCAGGCCACUGAAAGCAAGCAGAGCAAGCAAGCAAUCCGGCGUGCUUUUCCUUUCGGUCGGUCAGUUGGUUGAUUCCAGUGGAGACAGAUGAUCCGGGCUUGUAAUUGCUAGCAAGAAAGAUGGUGCUCAGGCAGUAAGCCAAAAAGGUAAAGAAAAGGGUUAAGAAAAAGAGAGACGGGUAGUUGUUUUUCCUCCUCCUUUUAUUUUGCCUUCCUCGUGGAGCUAGUAGAAAAUUGGAUGCUGUAGUUCUCCCUCAGCUCUGGUGUGUCUUUUUGUUUGUUUCAAGCUAUGGAACAGAGGGAGUAGAUUGGGCCAGCAAACAGAGCCAGCUACUAGUUAUUGUUCUGUUGCUUGAUCUUGGUAGCAUAGCAAGAAAAUACUAUCCUCAGAGAAUGGAAAGGGCAAAAUUUAGCUGAACUGUUGCUGUCUGUUGCAGUCUCCAGCUGUUCUUGUUCCAA